CCCCCCCUCCCCGAGUGGCUGUGGAACCCAGUUAACGUUUGACUUGUGUUUAUUCAUGUGACACUUUUCUCCAGAGCGACGCACGAAGAGUUCAUUGCAUCAGCAAAGAGAUUUGGACACAGACACCUGAUUCUGCAGUACAAUGUGUCACAUACCACGGUAUAAACCGAGUAACUGCUGAAAGGUUUAUUCUUUGUUCAACUAUUUCUUAUCAUAAACGUAUUGAACGUGCACAUUCGCGUGUUUAUCGGGCCCUUAAGGGCUCAGGGAAGAAGUGACUUUUGAGAUUCAGCAGUUCUGGGUGACGGCGGGGCCUCGGCGCAUCACGCUGAUUUUGGACCUUCUGUGUGUGGGACCACUGAGCAGGCUGAGGUGGAGGAGCGUAGCAUCAGUUCCAUCAGCAAGCGUGUAACCCGGGACACGCGCCACAGCUUGAGGGAAUUGAGCGCACGUGCAGGAACGUACGGCGGCCGUGAGCGACUGGAGUUGCGUACCGUACCAAUGCAGUAAACCCUGAAACGGGGGAUGUGGCCAACUGGCCCCCCGCCACAAGAGGGCGCUCUUCCCUCUGCCGGUGGCAUCUGGGAGGAGUUCAGGUGUUCGUGGGGAGGAGCUCUGUGCGCAGGUGUGCGUUUACAGGUUUCGCCAGCGGCACGCUGAACAUUUCGUGCGCCGAACGUACGAAGACCGCGUUUCUGAGGACGUCGGCUACGGUUCGAGGGCCGGUGGCCGCGCCUUCUCCCACCGCGCUCGUCCCGCUCUUUGACGUGUCUGCGGCGAGCCUUUGAGACGACUCCCUGCGCGCGUGAGCGUGCCCGUCGCUGACCGCAUCAUCCUUGCUGCGCAGACGUGACACGGGCGGCUGCGGUGCGUCAUGGACCGUCUGAAGCUCGUGCUGCAGUACUUCCAGUCCAACUCCGAGUCCAUCUCCAACGGCAUCUGUGUGCUUCUGGCGCUCAUCAGCGUGAAGCUCUACACCAGCUUCGACUUCAACUGCCCCUGCAUCCCACAGUACAACAAGGUGUACGCGCUGGGGGUCAUGUUCGUCCCGCCCGUCAUACUCUUCUUCCUGGGGGUCAUGAUCAACCGGCACACGGGGGUCAUGAUGGAGGAGUGGCUUCGGCCCGUGGGCAAGAGGAGUAAAAACCCUGCGGUUGUCAAGUACCUGUUCUCUGCCAUGCUGCAGCGCGCCCUGCUCGCCCCUAUGGUGUGGGUGCUGGUCACGCUGCUGGACGGGAAGUGCUUCGUUUGCGCCUUCAGCAUGAGUGUGGAUCCGCGCCACUUCACGGGCCUCCCCAACAACACGGGUCUAGACUUGGUGCGCAUCAUGGCCAAGGUGCCGUGUAAGGAGGAUGCCGUGUUCCAGAACAGCACCUUCCGCAAGGCCGUCAGCCGCUACGUGCGCUGCUACUCGCAGGCAAUCGGCUGGUCCAUCCUGCUGCUGCUGAUCCUGCUCGGAGCGCUGGCCCGUGUGCUCAAGCCCUGCUUUGACCACGCCACCUUCCUGCAGACCCGCUACUGGAGCAACUACCUGGACAUAGAGCAGAAGCUGUUUGACGAGACCUGCGUGCUUCACGCCCGCGACUUUGCGCGCAAGUGCGUCGAGCAGUUCUUCGAGGGCAUGCAAGAGGACGUGCACCUGCGGCUGCCCCUGGCCCCCGCUCGCACCCGGGCGCCUCGGACGGAGGCCGACGAGGAGACGGAGGACCGCCUGCACGGCAUCACCAGGCAGGAGCAGGUGAACCGCCUGCUGCACACCUGGUACGAGUGCAGGCCCGAGCUGGACGUGAGCCGUGGCCCCGCAGCCCCGGGUCUGUGUCACAUGGGAGGACCGCGACGGCCGCGUGCUCUUCUCAGACGUGUAGCUCUGCCUUCCCGCUCACCGCCUCAUCCUGAAUAAAGGCCAUGAGAAGGUGUGACUCUGACACUCUGUGUGUGUGU